AUGAAGAAGCUUAUUUCAAGCUGGUACAACGGUCAAACCUUGCUUGAGACUUACAUAUUCCCACCGGAUGCAAGACAUGGGAAUCUUACUACCGCUCAUUCGCGAGACAACAUUCCAAUGAUUGACCUAGGUGGAGCAGAAGGCGGUGAUCAAACCUAUAAAAUUCAGAAAAUACUCAAGCCUAGCCAGGAAUUUGGGUUUUUGCAGGUUGUCAACCAUGGCAUAUUAGAAAGUUUGUUGAACGACACGAUGGGUGUGUUUAGGGAGUUAUUUGACUUGCCUGAAGAAGAGAAGGCAAACUUCUACUUUGACGACCCGAAAAAAAACUGCAGGUUCUCAACCAGCAGUGGAUAUUUUGAUUUGGAAGAUGUUCGUUUUUGGCGUGAUUACCUACGACUCCCUUGCCAUCCUCUAAAGGAAUGUUUGCAGCAGGGGCCCCAACAGCCAAGUAGAUACAGAUAUCUUGUUGGUAUUAACUCUUAA